UUUUGGCGUUUGGUUUAUUCAUGAUAAAUAGCGUACAAAAAACUAUGUUUUAUUAAAUAUAUGUUAUUAGCUAUUUAGCUUUUCACUACAUCUAAAUCUAGUAAGAAGUACAUCUAGCUCACUUACAAGUUCAACAAUGCCAAGUCUAAACAAAAUUACAGCAUUUCUGACUUGUAUGUGCCUAUUCAUUAACACUGCAGCUGCAGUGAUGCGUCUCGACUGUAAAUAUGACAUCUACAACAAAAUAGCCUUCAUAAAUUGUUCAUCAGAGUCUGUGUACAAAAUGGAGGACUGCGAAUUUUAUAUUGAAAAUGGAUAUUUUUCAUCAAAUGAUACCUUCUUAUAUAACCUUACUGCUAUUGAGAAUGCUACUGAAAUCCACUCGACACUUGUGAAUGGAUCGUUCCAGAACAACUGUAGCCUUCAAAUUCCACUUUUGACACUAGGCCCUGGUGACCACAAAAUUUCAGCCAUAAUGACCCUGGGUACAGAAGAUGGAGGAAAAAUGAACAUCAGUGGUUUAGUUACGAUAGAAAUAAAAUCUUCACUAGAUUAUAUUUAUUGUUAUUCAUCAAGUGAGGAUCGCAAAGUCGAGACAGUUAAAUGCUGCACUGAAUUGAUGAUAUAUAAUAUCAGCUGUGAUUUUAAGCUCUAUAUGUCGGGUGCACCGGAAUAUCCCAUAGGAAAUGUGUCCUACAACAAUCACACGACUGAAUACGACAGUGGGUUAUGCAAGGACUGGUGCAUGUUGACUGUUCCAAUGGAAAUUAUUUAUUUAGAACUCCACUACUACUCUGUAAACAUGUCUCUCAUGAACGGCUCUCAGGUUAUUCAAGUUAAAAGAAGCUCGUCUGGUUUAUCUCAAUAUGUAAUUGACCACACAGAAUUGGACCCGACCUGUGAAUCUCAGAGCUCUGAACCCAUGUAUCCUGGAGAAACUAGGACCUGUACCUGCCAAUUUUAUGGAAUCGGAGGCUAUGCUAACUGGUACUUCAAUGGACUUAAGGAAGUCAUCACAAAUUUGACAAAAGCUGUUCCUGGAACACAAGAUAGCAGGCUGGUUGUUUCAUACAAAGAUGUUGAAAAACAUAAAGUAUUUUUUUGUGGACCGGAGACUUAUUAUGAAGUAAAAAAAUUUAUACCAUAUUCCCCUCUUUUGGCAAAUUCCACCAACAAUGUCUGCAAGCUGAUGUCUUCUUAUUGUGUCUUGUACCUGGCAAUGGUCAUGUGGGCUCUAGUGUGGAAGACGGCUUGAAAUUGACUUUUAACAAUUUUGAUGAAGUUAUCAAGUACAGCCCAUAACAAGUAACAUUUAUUAUUCCCCUAUAUAUCGUGUUUCAUCUGAUUUUUUUCAUGUAGCCUACAAUUCAUGUACUUUAUCUAAUUACCGUUAACUGUUUAAAGCUAGCUUUAGAUAGAAUUAUGAUUUAUUACGUAUAAAUACUAUCAAUAUUAUCAACAACAUAUUUUGCUACCAGCAUUUUAAGUAGGACCUGUAGCAAGUAAAAUUUAUUAUUGCCUUAUAUUUUGUGUUUCAUCAGAUUUUUUUCUUGUAGCCCACAAUUGAUGUAGGCCUAUUUGAUCUAAUUCCUGUGGUCUGUUUAAAGUUAACUUUAGAUAGAAUUAUGAUUUAUCAUGUGUAAAUACUAUCAAUAUUAUUUUGCUACCAGCCGUUUUAGUAUUUGUCAAAGUGUGACUUUAUACUCCCAAAAGCUAUAUCUAAUGAAUACCCUUAUUACUAAUUAUCAUUGUUCUAAGUGUGUAGUGCUAAUAAAGAAGAUAAUUAGUUAAUUUAAAAUAACUUUUGUGAUUUACUGUUCUUCUAUUCACUUUAAUAUUGCAUUAUUUGUGCACAUUUUAUAUUAAUUAUGUUACAUUUAAUCUAGAAACAGUAGAAAUAAAUCUAAACAAGUCUUUUUUGCAAGCAUUUUCUUGAGCUAAUGUGUGUUUUUUUUUAAAUUACUUGAUUAUUCCAUUACAAGUACUUAAAACGAACCUAUAUUUAAAAUUUGAACUCUAAAAAGAUUGAGGAUGACUUAUUCCUUUACAGAACAAUUACAUUUGCUUUCAUGUUGUAUGCUCCAUAUACUUAAAACUUACCUGAUGUUAUUUUGUGAUUCUUCAAAAACAAAAUGUUUGAUUGUUGCAUAUUGUAUUAUUUAAAUUAUUGUAUUACUUAAUUGUAUUGUUGUUUUUAUUUUAUUUACUGCUUCAGUCAUGUAUUUUAAAUAAUGACUCUCCGUUAUUUAAGAGUUCAUUUAAAAAAAAAAGAAUUUAAUUUAAUUUUAGCCAUCGUGGCUUAGGUUCAAAAGGCACUUUUAAAAAUAAUUGCCAUUCUUAAAAUCACGUUCAAAAGGUUGAGUAAUGCAUGUUAAUUAAAAUUAUAAGAGCUUUCUGUGGUGGCCCAGGAUGUCCUCGACACAAAAGUGAAAAGAUGAUGAUGAUAAAUUACAAAUAUAAUUUGCUUGCUUGGCUAAAUCCUCUUUACUCCUUGUGGAGCUUAGAGACUCAACCAUGGCAGUACAAUGUGUCUGGUCCCCUGCUGUUGAUAUAGCAGUCUAGCAACUCAUGCAUACAGUUUACAGUUCUUUAAGAAGACUCAACCUCCAGGUGUCUUUUGGGGACCUCUGUCCUGGGGGGUGAGUGGAGGGGCAGAGGCGUAGCGACCCUUCCCGGCGCCCAGAGACAAACUUUCGAUUUGCACCCCCCACCCCUCAAGAUUUCGAUUUGCACCCCUCAAACUGUUGAUAUGCACCCCCCACCCCCUUAACCUUUCAAUUUAUUUUUCCAACCCAUUUUAGCGCCCCUAUGAUCGGAGCCCGGAGACUUAUGUCCCCGCCCCCCCCCCUCGCUAUGCCUCUGUGGAGGGGGUUAGCUCAAGUGCCUGGCAUGUCACAACAAAGAUAAUAAAAUGGGCUAAACAUGUUUUAAUUAAAAAAUAUAAUUCUUUAAAAAGCUAUAGAUUCUAUUUUUUUUACAUGUAUCCCCAUCUAGUAAAAUACCAUAAGAAAAUGGCUUUUUUUCUACUCAUUAAUGCAGUCAGUAAUUUUCCCUUGAAUAUAUUUUACUUUCAAGAAUUAACCUUGUUACAUUUACACAUAAAUAAAAGAGAUUAUAACAGGGCAUAUUCUUUAAAGAGAUUUGUGUAAAGCAUGAGAAAGGGCACCAUUUUAUUUAAUCAUAUUUUCACAUACAUAUUUUGAAAAGUAUCUAUUUAUGUACUUUUAUUCCUAAAGCAUUUUAAAAUAACUGUUAUAUAUUAGUAUUAAAAUGAAGAUUUCUAUAGACAUGUUUUGAAAUGAAUUUUAACAAACAGUCCGAGCAUCUCAUUAUGUGAACUCUACUUAACAUUCCCAGCAAUAGUAUUAAUAAUAUAACAUGCAUGUAUCAUAUUUCAGAUUACUAUUGCAGCUAUUAAAAUUUAGUGUUUUGUUAAUUAAGUGUAAUUCUCCUUUUUACUAUUGUGACUAUUAAGUAUGAAGUCUACUGAAAUAAAUCAGAAACAUGUGUUGUCCUUACACUCAAACAUUACAUUUUGAACAUUUCAAUUACAUAUCAGACACAAUAUUUUAUAUAUUAUUUGUUACUAUAUUAUUUAUAAAACUAGUGUGAGUUUUUUUUUUAUUUUAAUCAAUCAAAUCUAUUGUAAAAUAUAAUGUUCUGUGUUUUUCAAACUAAAACCUUAGAAGUCUCUCUUUGUAUAUUUUUACUGAUGUCUACCACGUUAGAAACAAACUUAACAUUAAACUAACUCUCAUACCAAAUUGCUCUGAAAGAAGACAACAUUAGAAAAAUAGGAUACAUCUGCAGACAGAGAGAUUAGCCUAAAAUAGAGAUAAUAUGAAAGCUCUUAUCAGUAGCUUAAGUCACAGGCAGGGUGAUGGGUACAAAGGUUAAAUCAAACAGAGGCAAUAGUUUUACACGCAUGCAUGUGUGCACACAUG